AUGAUUGGAUCAAAGAAAUUGCAUGUAAUUAAUCGAGGUGGUCGGAUGGAAGAUGUGCAUUUUGAUGAAAUAACAACUAGAAUUAAAAAAUUAUGUUAUGGAUUGGAUAUGGAAUAUGUUGAUCCUUGUGCAAUUACUAUUCAAGCUUUAAAUGGUUUAUAUGCUGGUAUAACUACUGCCGAAUUAGACAACCUUACUGCUGAGAUAGCAGCAAGUAUGGGUACCAAGCAUCCAGAUUAUGCUGUGUUAGCUGCUAGAAUUGCAGUAUCUAAUCUUCACAAGGAAACUAACAGUGUCUUUAGCGAAGUAAUAUCUGAUGUCUACAACACGAAGAACAUGCACAGUGGGAAAAAUAUUUCUUUCAUCUCUGAGAAAUACUUCAACAUUAUUCAAAAAAAUGCAACUACAUUAAAUAACGCUAUUGUUCACGAAAGAGAUUAUCAUUAUGAUUAUAUUGGUUUCAAGACCCUUGAGCAAAAUUACUUGUUCAGAAUUGAAAAUAAAAUUGUCGAAAGACCGCAGUGUAUGUUAAUGCGAGUUGCUAUUGGAAUUCAUGAAGAAGAUAUUGAUAGAGUUAUUGAAACAUAUAAUUUAUUAUCCGAACGUUAUUUUAUACAUAGUUCUGUAACUCUUUUUACUGCAUGUUCCAUAAAACAACAAAUGUCAAGUUCUUUUCUAUUAACAAUGUCUGCAGACAGUAUAGAAGGAAUUUGUGAUACUUUAACGAGAUGCGCAUUGACCAGUAAAUCUGGUGGUGGAGUUGGAUUAAAUGUCCAUUGUAUCAGAGCGAGAGGCACACGAAUAAUUGGCACAUUUGGAGUAUCUAAUGGUUUAGUUCCUAUGUUAAAGGUCUAUAAUAAUACAGCAGAAUAUGUUUAUCAAGAUGGAAGUAAAAGACCGGGAUCAUUUACCAUUUAUAUAGAACCAUGGCACUCAGAUAUAUUUGGAUUUUUAAAUUUGAAGAAAAAUACUGGAAAGGAUGAAAAUAGAGCGAGAAAUAUGUCGUACGCUUUAUGGAUACCAGAUCUUUUUAUGAAACGUGUUCUUGAAGACGACUUUUGGUCUUUAAUGUGCCCUUGUAAAUCUCCCGGAUUAGCUGACGUUUGGGGAGAAGAUUUUGAAGAAUUAUAUACCGACUAUGAAAAAUCUGGAAAUUACAAUCAACAAAUCAAAGCAAGAGAAUUAUGGUCUAUCAUACUUGCAUUGCAAGAAGAAACUGGUAGCCCAUAUAUGCUUUAUAAGGAUCACUGCAAUAGAAAGACGAAUCAACAAAAUGUAGGAACUAUUAAAUGCAGUAAUGCAUCUACCGAAAUUAUAGCUUACUCAAGUUCAGAUGAAAUUGGUACUUGCAAUUCAGCUUCUAUAGCUGUUAACAUGUUCGUGGAUCCUAAAGAAAGAAAAUUUGAUUUUGAAAAGCUUAAAAUGAUAACUAAAGUUGUCGCACGUAAUUUAGAUACGAUUAUUGAUAUCAAUCAAUAUCCCCUUCCAGAAACAAAAACAUCGAGUCUUAGGCAUCGACCUAUAGGCAUUGGUGUACAAGGAUUAGCCGAUGCAUUUAUUUUAAUGCGUUAUCCAUUUGAAAGCGAAGAAGCCGAGAAACUUAACAUACAAAUUUUUGAAACUCUCUACUACGGAGCUUUAGAAGCCAGUUGCGAAUUAGCCAAAGAAAAAGGAAUCUAUGAAACGUAUUUAGAAAGUCCUGUUAGUGAUGGCAUUUUACAAUAUGAUAUGUGGAAUCAAAACCCGACUGAUCUAUGGGAUUGGGAUACAUUAAAAAAAGACAUUUUUAAAUUUGGUGUAAGAAAUUCAUUGUUAAUUGCAUUAAUGCCAACAUCAUCUACUUCACUGAUUCUAGGAAAUAAUGAAUCCAUAGAACCAUAUAAAAGUAAUAUUUAUAUAAGGCAUGUUGCAUCUAAAGAUUAUCAAAUAGUUAAUCCUCAUUUAUUGAGAGAACUUACUAAAUUAAAACUUUGGAACGAACAAAUGAAAGAUGACAUAAUAGCUAAUAAUGGUUCGAUUCAGAAUAUUGAUCACAUACCAAUGGAUAUAAAAUUACUUUAUAAAACUAUAUGGGAAAUUCCGCAAAAAACACUUCUUAAAAUGGCAGCCGAACGUGGACCUUUUGUAGAUCAAUCGCAAUCAUUAUCUGUUUAUAUGGCUAAACCAACGACUAAUAAACUUACUUCAAUGCAUUUCUAUGGUUGGAAAAUGGGUUUAAAAACUGGUAUGUACUGUUUGAAAACACAAUCAGACAUAAAUAAACUCAACAGUAAUAAAAAAGAACAAAAUCAAUGUAUAAAUGCUGAAAAAAUAAAUAAAGAAGUGCAAAUUGACAAACAAAUCGUUGAUAAUGAUGAUAAUGAUGAUAAUGAUGAUACUGAUGAUAAUGAUGAUAAUGAUGAUGAGAAUGAUAAUGAAACUGAUUCAAAAUUGAUGUGUUCCAUUCAAAAUGGAGAUGCUUGUUUUUCGUGUGGAUCAUAAUUAUUUUUAUACAAAAAAAAAUAUAUAUAUUUUUAAUUAUCGCAAUCCAAAUAAUUUAUAAAGGAAUAAGAUUUAUUAUGUAUGUAUUUUUAAGAAGAUAAGUGAUACAGUAUUGAUUAAACUUUAUUUUUCUACAU